ACGGGACCUGAGUUUCUAACCACCUGUAGUCCCAUGGUGAGCUUGUUAUCAAACAGGACGAUUGACAUGUUUGUAUCCGCCUGUAUUUCAGUGGUGUGUACGUGUCGAGUCACUCCAGGGAGGGGUGUUGCAGUGGAGGGUGGGGGGAAGAAGGGUGUGGCUGCUCAGUUCCCUGCCAUUAGUGACGGUGGACUUCGACGUCGCCAGUUGGGGUUGGACAGUGGUGCGGCUCACAAGUCCGGGGUACGGGUGGCAUGUGCUCCACGCUUCACAGUGUCAGCGCAUGUCACAGGGUAACAGCACGUCACCAAGACGUUGCUCGUCAUUUGGACACACCAACAGACCAACAGCUCUGACAGAAGUUGCUACCUGAUACACCCGACCCUCAACAAGUAUCAUGUCCAAGUGUGGCGAGUACCCGACUGUGCUGAACGGCAAGAUCGCCAGCAACACCAGCACCACAGUGGAGUACGAGUGUCUGGGCGGCUUCUACAUCAGCGGCGACCCGAGAAUCAACUGCACCAACAGCGGCUGGGGCACGGCGCCCACCUGUAGCGUCAUCAGGGACGAAAUCAACAUUUUCCCUGACUGGUGGCUGAUUGUCGCGAUCAUCGUGGCCUGCCUGUUGGUGCUGGCCUGUUUCAUCUGUCUUCUCUGCUACUUUUGCUGCGGUGGUUACCAUGGAAACAGAGUCCGUCCCUACGAUGACCAUGCUGCCGGCUGCUGCGCGUGCUGUCGUGGACGUCGCCGGGAUGAGUUCAGUACAGGAGGAUCCAGGGCGUACCACACCAUGCACUCCUCCUCCGACACCUACCCUCAUGGCGCCAUCUUCCUCGUGCCUGGCAGACCUGAGCAGGGAGGGGGGUGGCGAGUAUUGGAGGCUUCCCUGGUCCACAGCUACCCCCCUAAUGGCAAGACGACCUCCCCUCCUGCUCCUCAACACACACGUGCAGUCGGCACGCAAACGACAGGCGACGUCCUGGCAUCUCCCGCCGUUGUAAAGACACCCAGGUCUCGGAAGAGUAUAUCCGACAUCACUGUCACCCCCUCCACCUAUGUUAUCUUGCACGACAACGACGACAGUGUGUGGAAAGGCAACCACCGCUCACAUCAAACUCAGACUGAGGAGGAUGACCUGCUACUGACGUCACCGCCAAAUGGCCGGCCCUGGGAAAAACGAGCUAAAGAGGUGCGCACCUGGAUGCCUCACAGACACCCAGUGCGCAGCAUCAACACCAGCACCAAGUGACUCCAUGAGCUCACAUCAAAAGAGGUCGCUGCUGGAAACAUCAGCAUUAGCAGUAUGUCACCGAAACAUUGGUCAAAUUCCACAUCAUCACCUCUAACAUUGAUACCAACAUGUCAUCAGCAUGAAAACUGCACGUCACAAGACUGAUCCAGUGUCAGUCUCCUGCAACCAUUGGCAAUGUAACAAGUCAUCAUCAAAGGUCAUGUUGCUGGGGAGGCAGUGUGACACUGACAUGGCAUCACUAAAGAUCAUGUUGAGGACAAGCAUGACACUGACAUCUUUAUUCUUAAGGCUCAGGCUGAGGUGUGACUUGUUUCAUUUUCUGUUAUAAGAGAUGACAUUCUGUAGAUUUUGUAGUUGAUGACAAGUAGUCUUUAUGAUGACUGUCUAGCAAAGAUGUCCCUCCAAUUCUGCAGGACCUUCUUGCAUACUGCAGGGAUCUUUACUAGAUUUCUGGAGCCAGACGACUUUUACCGUUCCUUAUUGCACCUCCUUUACCUGUGUCUGUAGCAA